UGCCCUUGCCCCGCCACCCCGCUCUGUAUCUCGCGGCCUUAAUUUUUCUCCUGCUCCUCCCAGCCAACAUUAACCUCUUCCGAUCCUCCUCCACCUUGCCCUCUACACCACAGUACUCGUUCACGACUCCAAUCCAGGAAUCAAUCCCCAAAAUCAACACAAUGGCUACCGAGCAGACCUUCAUUGCCAUCAAGCCUGACGGCGUCCAGCGUGGCCUCGUUGGACCCAUCAUCCAGCGCUUCGAGCAGCGCGGCUUCAAGCUUGCCGCUAUCAAGCUCGUCACCCCCGGCAAGGCUCACCUUGAGCAGCACUACGCUGACCUCAAGGACAAGCCUUUCUUCGCUGGCCUCGUUGAGUACAUGAACUCCGGCCCCAUCGUCGCCAUGGUCUGGGAGGGUCUCGAUGCCGUCAAGACCGGCCGUGUCCUCCUCGGCGCCACCAACCCCCUCGCCUCCGCCCCCGGCACCAUCCGUGGCGACUACAGCUUGGCUGUUGGCCGCAACGUCUGCCACGGCUCCGACAGCGUCGAGAGCGCCAAGAAGGAGAUUGCUCUCUGGUUCAAGGAUGGCGAGGUUGUCAGCUGGAACAGCCACUCUGCUCCCUGGCUCUACGAGUAAGCGAUGCCACCUCGAUAAUGAAAAUCGAUCGAGCGGUAUCGUCGACAACGUACAUACGGGACACUUGAAAAUGAAUAAAAAGUAAAAGUUCUGGCGGCGCGUCAGCCAGCCGACCACAACA